UGAUGACGCACUAAACCGUCGACGGUCGUAGCCAUAGACUGAACAUAAAUAUCUUUAUAUACAGUCUACGGUCGUACCGGAGCCUUGUUUUGUUGCCACUAGCGACGAAACGAACAUGUGGCCGCCGACAGAAGCAGCUUAAAGUCUGUGAGGGAGAAUUUGAGCAGCAGCGACGUGAAUUUGUGCCGGAAACGGGUGAAGACGGACUGCGAGCUGCUGCCGAGCCGCUUCCAGCAAACACAGUCCGUCCGCUUCGAGGCCUUCUCCGGCAUCUGGAGGGACAAGAGCUUCUCACACAUCUUCUGGUAGGUGAUUGGCAGGAGGAGGAGAGUCUGACGGAGGAGCAGAGGAACGUUGUCAGCCAUUUUCUCUGAGCUCAACAACGGAGGAAAAAUGGAUUCUUCACAAAAAAAACGUGAAAACAACAAUGGAGUGAGACAUCAGAAAUCUGCGGAGGAAAACAACGGUUCCCCAACAACAACAAACAGAGAUGAAUCACUCAGUUGUGAUCAAUGCGGCAAGACUUUUAUCACAGCAACAAAGCUAAGAAUUCACCAGCGAAUUCACACUAUGGGCAAACAGUUCAGUUGUAAUCAGUGUGGGAAGGCAUUUACUUCCAAGAGUAAUCUAACAACCCAUCAACUCAUUCACAGUGGAGUUAGACCAUUCACCUGUGGUCAGUGUGGGAAGGCAUUUACUCAAAAGUGUAGUUUAGCAAAACAUCAACUCAUUCACAGUGGAGUUAGACCAUUCAGCUGUGGUCAGUGUGGGAAGACAUUUACUGAAAAGGGUAGUUUAGUAAGACAUCAACUCAUUCACAGUGGAGUUAGACCAUUCAGCUGUGACCAGUGUGGGAAGACUUUUACUUCCAAGUGUGGUUUAGCAAGCCAUCAACUCAUUCACAGUGGAGUUAGACCAUUCAGCUGUGAUCAGUGUGGGAAGACAUUUACUCAAAAGUGUAGUUUAGCGAAACAUCAACUCAUUCACAGUGGAGUUAGACCAUUCAGUUGUGAUCAAUGUGGGAAGACAUUUACUACCAAGGGUUAUUUAACAAGUCACCAAGUCGUCCACAGAGGAGGUGAACCAUUCCACUGUGAUCAGUGUGUGAAAACUGUUACUCAACAUGAACAGUUAUUGAUCCAUCAAUGCCCCCAUUUUGAUAGACAGCUGUACCACUGUGACUACUGUGAAAAAACUUUCAAGCGCCAAGGGAGCCUAAAAUGUCACCAACGCAUCCACACUGGACAUGAUGUGUACAUAUGUGAUCACUGUGGAAAACUAUUUGCAAACUUCUCACAGUUAAAAGCUCAUGCAGUUACCCACACCAGGGUUAAACCGUACCGCCGUAACCAGUAUGGGAAAGGCUUCAACAACAUUGGAGUCUCUCACCAACGUGACCACACUGAGGACAGACCCUACAGAUGUGACGAGUGUAAUAAGACUUUUAGAACUUUGGCUUCCCUGAAACAACACCAGCAGAUCCACACCAGAAAGAAAGCAUUCAAUCAACGUCACAGUAAGCAGAGCGGCACAGAUAUGCACACUGGACACAAACUGAACGUCUGCCAAGAAGAUUUCCCCAUGCCGGGUCCAGUACAAGUUCCUGAAGUCGUCCACAAACUUAAAGUCCUUGAGAUCAGGCUCCACAGAAUUCAGGUGUAAUCUCUUGUUUAGUGUCUUGGUUAAUGCUGCAUUCGAUCGAUCGUGUUUUAAUCAUCUCUCUAUUUCCUGAUGAGGUUUCCUUAAUUUCUACUACAAUGUAAAAAUAAAGGAUCAGCAAGUACAGUGCCUGCAAAGAAUAUUCACCCCACUUAGAAGUUUUUCCCCUGUUAUUGCUUUUAAUCCAGUAAAGAAUGAGUGACCGAGGACGAAAGAAGUGAGAGAGGUCACCAGGACACCUAAUACUCUUCUGAAGGAGUUCCAAGCUUCAGCAGCUGAGAUGGGAGAGACUGUUCAUACAACAACUGUUGUCUGUUUUUCACCAGUCAAAGCUUGAUGGGAGGCAAAGAGAAAGACUCUGUCAAGAAAAGUUCUGAUUAAAUCUGGACUAGAGUUCAGCAGAAGACAUGUGGAGACUCUGAAGUCAACUGAAGAAGGUUCUUUGGUUUGACUUUCUCUUUGUACUUUGGUGUACUGCUGUAGGGAGCAGGCUGAAAAUCCUGGUUUGAGCUUCAACACCAUGAACUUACUUUGUUUUUUUUUAAAAUCAAAAUAGUAGCUUAUGCACUGUUAAAUGUUGUCUUGUUCGAUUGUUUUAAAUGCUCAUUCAUGAAAUUUUCCUUUGGUUGCUUCAUUUAAACCCACAUCCACUGGUUCUUUAGCGUAAAGUUUUAGCACAGUAUAUGAAAUGGUCUAGGAAGCAACCAAGCAAACAACAGACCAAUCAACCAAACAAACAAAUCAAGCAAACAACCAACUAACCAAACAACAGACCAAACAAACAAGCAAACAACAGAUCAAGCACUCAACAAAACAAACAACAGCCCAAACAACCAACCAGUAAUUCAUUAAAUUAAUACAAAUUGGUGAUAAUCAACUCUGAACCCUUCAGAUUCAUCUUGGAUGAAAUGUAGUAAAAUAGUUUAAAGUUGUUCUCUCAACCACCUACAAUGACAAAACUGACAUAUACAGUAAUAUGUCACACACAGGGGCUGUUUAUUUAUUUAUUUGAUCCUAGAACUACGUUUUGCCUAUAACCUCUGUACUUUUACUUCAGUGUAAUUUAGGUUUUUACUGCUACUUUUACAAAAUAAAAGGAUCAGACUACUUCUUCCA